AUAUGGCGUCCUUUCGAUAACAGCCAAGAACAUAAGAAGAAGAGCAGAAAAAGUGCCGCAGAAAAACUGAAUUAUAUUUUUUAAGUAAUGUUUUAAGUCAAAUUGUAUAGUAAUUUAGUUUAUAAAUUUAUUAACAAAAUGGAUGUACAACCGCCACGGGAUGCCAGUUUACGCAAUAUAAUAGAUAAACUAGCGGAAUUUGUGGCACGAAAUGGACCCGAAUUUGAAGCAAUUACCAAACAAAAACAACAGAAUAAUCCAAAAUUUGAGUUUCUCUAUGGCGGAGAGUUUGCCAACUAUUAUCAGUUACGGGUGGCUGCUGAGCAGGCCAUGUUAAAGCAAACAGCACAAGGUCAAGUCAUUCCAUCGCAACUGCCACCAACAACAGCUUCAGCUCUUUAUAUGCAGCAGCCACCUCCAAAUCAAGCAAUGCAACAGCAGCAGCAACCGCUUGGGGUAACAGCUAACGACGCACAAGACAAUAUGUCACAACAAUCUCAACAUUUAUUCCCACCAAAUGCGGCGGGAGGACCAACGGCAGCUGGUGGAGGACCACCACCAACAGCUCAGCCAGCUAAUGGCUCGGCGGCGACAGCACUGACAUUGAGUUUAACAAGUCAAUUAGAUGCCAUCCUCAUUCAGCAGUAUACACUAAGGGAACAAGUCAAGCAAUCGGAUGCCAAUCUAACGGCACAGCAUACGGCGCUGAUGACGCAAAAAUCAAAACAAAUUGACGAGGCGAUGGCAACGGCGCAGACAAUACAACUGGAACAAUUGGCCAACGAACAGAAUAUAGUCCUUCGAGAAUUUGAUAAUGUGCUGCAACCGAUCAUUGAGUCAUGUACCAAGGACAGCAUCUCGGCAGGCAAGAACUGGAUUUUACAGCAUUCAACCGACAGCGCAAAAAUCAAUGUCGUUUUACAAUAUCUUUUAAAAAAGGCUUUGCUCCAGGGUUCAACGUUUCAGCAAAAAUUGCAUCUUAUAUAUUUAGUUAAUGAUAUACUCCAUCAUUGCAUGCGUAAAAACAUCAGCGAUUUGAAGAAUAGCCUAGAGAAUGUCGUCAUACCGAUGUUCUGCAGCGCAGAUUUGAUUGCCAGUGCGGAUCAGAGGCAGAAAUUGGCCAAAUUGCUAUCACUAUGGGAAUCGAAAGCAAAGUUCUUCGAUGCCUGCGUCAUUUCGAAAUUGCAAUCACCGGAAUCGUCAAUGCAGGAAUAUAAAACCAAUCUACAGAAUACCCAUCAUGAUAUUGUUGCGAAAUUUUCGCAAAAUACGAAGGCCACUUUGGAUAAUUAUCAAAAGCAGCAUCAAAUAUUUAUGCAACAUGCCACCCAACAAAUUACACAACUGGAACAACAAAAACAACAGCUGGAGCAACAAAUUUUAUUGGCCCAGAAGCAAUUGCAUGCUGCUCUGCCGCAGUCGUCUGCCCCAGGUGGUCAACAGAAGUCAAUACCCUCUUUGAUGUCACAGCGCAUUGCUAUGCCGGGAACGGAUCAAGCAAAGCAACAACAACAACAGCAGCAGCAACAACAACAACAAGGGCAUGAACAUCUUCAACUACCGUCACAACAUCCACAGGCUGGUAACAAUCUGUAUGCAGGGCCAAAUUUUCAUCAGCAGCAACAACAACAACAGCAGCAACAACAACAGCCACCACCGAACCAUCUUGUUGAUCAGCGUGAAACGAACUUUUUCAUUCCGGACAUGUCUAAACCACCGCCUGGUUUCGCUGGUGGGCCCAUGCAUCAACAGCCACCGCCGCCGCCACCUCAGUAUCAACAACUUCCUGGACAACAAGGACCUGUAGGACCAGGCGGAGAGGCACCUGUUGAUCUUGGUGUACUAAAUGCAGCCAUUCAAGCUGUAAUGCAAUUGAAAAACCAACAACAACAACAGCAGCAACAACGACAUCCCGACGAUAAACAGUCACAAGCUCAACAACAACUCCAGCAGCAGCAGCAACAACAAUUGCAGCAACAGCAGCAACCAGCCGCCUUUGCAGCUGGUGCCCAUAAUUUACGGCCAGGUCAACUUCCGGUGGGUAGCGGCGGCAACCUUGAACCCGCUGUAGAUUUUGCCAUUCUCAAUGCCGCCAUAAAUGCCGUAUUACAGCACCCCCGACCCGAAGACGGACAUGGCCAUCCGGCGGAGCAUCAGACCGAUGACGACUUUCAGCUUGGUGGCGGUGCUGGUGGUGUCGAGGGAGAAUCUGGUGAUGCCUUGCAACCACAAGCCGAACCACAAUUGCCCACAGGACCCUACUAUGAUUUGCCAGCUGGUCUAAUGGUACCACUUAUACGAUUAGAGGAUUACAAUUACAAAUCUCUGGACUCGGCCGAUAUACGUGUCCCAGCACCGGCCCCACAAAGUGAACGCCUAACAAAUGCCUUGAAUGCCUUCUAUGCGGCACCAUCGCAUGAUCGACCUCGUGAUAAUGAGGGCUGGGAGAAACUGGGUCUCUAUGAGUACUACAAAGUGAAGAAUGCUGCCCGCAAGCAAAAAGAGGAGGAGAUUAAAAACGGGACGAGGGAAAAAUCACGUUCACCUAGCCCCAUCAUCCUGGAGAAGCCCAAGCCCAAGAAGGGCAAUAAAAGGAGUUAUCGCUCCAAGAGUCGCAGCCGAUCUCGUUCGCAUUCCCCCGUGAAAAGGGAUCGGUCACGUUCAAGAUCCAAAUCUCGUUCAGUGGAAAGAGUUGUAACUCCGCCGCCCAUGCAACGUAGUCGAGGUGCUGGUCCAGGAGUUGGUGGCAGUGGUGGUGCCGGCGGCAGCGGUGGCGGUGGCAGCAGCAAUCGUAAAAGUCGCAGUCAACGUUCACCACGUCAUGAGCGGGACAAUAGCAACAACAGCAGCAGCAGCAGCCGAGAGAAUCGUAGCAAUAAUAGCAACAAUGGCAACAACUCAAGGCGCGUAGAGCGUGACAGAUCGCCCACACCGCCAAGUUUUUUUGGCAGCAAUUUUGCCAAACCGCAGGAAUUCAUUGAGGCAACAAACAAGGGGCAUCAAAUGCUAAUGAAAAUGGGAUGGGCUGGUACGGGUACGGGUUUGGGUUCCAAAAAUCAAGGUAUCGAUACACCCAUCUCGGGCGGUGAAGUGAGAGAUCGUAGAGAUAUGUACAAGGGCGUGGGCAACAAUUUGAAUGAUCCGUUUGAGAGCUUCCGCAAGAAUAAGGGCGCUGCCUUUGCUCAUCGUAUGCGCACCAGAGAUGACAAAAGUUAAUGGAACUUAACCCAACCCAACUAAACACCACCUCCAUCUCCCAAAAACCACAACAACAAACAACAAAAUAUUAGUUAUUUUUCCUGUUUCCAGAAAAUAGAUUUUUAUAAAAAGCAAAAAAA